AGCUCCGCUAUGAUAGUCCGUAGUCAAACAGAUUCCUGCUGAACAGAUAAACAUGCAGAUCAAUAAGAAACUCUGGGUGCUUUUCCGCAUCGCUUUGCCAAUGAUUGCCUUUGCAGUUAUAUGCUUAGGAGCUUUCCUUGCAUCCAUAACAAAUAUUGCCAACUAUAAAAUAAAACUCAUCUUCGCCUAUAUUUUAAUUGCAUGCGGGUUACUUGUCUUGCUGGCUGGGAUUUCCUGGAGCGUCUGUCAUGGAAUGAGACAGAAAAGCUUCCUACAGAAUUUGCUACUUCCCAGACGAUCUGAGGUGCACAUCAACACUGUGGACAGACCAGACUUCUAUCCCCCUUCAUAUGAAGAAUCUGUUGGACGCAACCCUGAGUAUCUUGUAGAAUGUGUGGUUAUUGACGAGGAACAGAGAUGCAACAUUCCUCCACCACUGUACACAGAGAAUAGUUCAGACAUCCAGGAAGACGUCAGUGAAGAGCAACCUCCAUCCUAUAAAGAGUCUAUGCUACGAUCCAAUACGCUGUGUGAUCAUUAUACCGAAAAGAGCGUAAAACCAAGGGAAACCCAAUCUGAAUGGGAUUAAAUGGUUCUGACAAAGAACUUUCAAAAUAAGUUAAUGGCAGACUAUUUUACAACUUGGGUGGUUAUUUUCCCAGCCAGUACACAUGCUGUCACAUUUAUGCUGUUGAUAUGCAUGUCAUAUCAGCAAUGAUAACACGCUGGUUGUGCUGAGAGAGAUGGUGCAAGCUGUUGCAUGAGGUGGACAUUCUGUGUGGGUUUACCUCGGUUCAAACCACAGUUUACAGUUUCUUCUGUUGCAUAAGGAAGGUGGUUUAUAUAACCUUAGAGGUGGCUAUACAGUCAGAUUGUAAAAUAUUAGCUGUUUAGUAAACUAUAAAAUGUUGCAAACAGCUGUGAUGUCAAAUCUAGUUGGAUAAUAUAUUGCAAAAUUUGUGUCAUGGCUUUACAGUCAACCUAAAUGACCAAUGCUGGUUUAACCCUUUGUGAGUGCCUUAUUCUGGUCAUCUCGUUUUAACAUUUGUCAAGACCAAAAUGUACAAAGAUUU